CAAAUCUCACACAAUCAAUACCGACACACAAAUAAUCAGUAGGCCUCGGCUGGUUGAGAAUUAUUCGCGCUUCGAAGAUGGAAUAAAUUCUUUAUAAUUAGUUGGUUUUGUCCUCGUUCUGGGUCUACCAUUUAUAAACCUGUCGGAUCAAGAGCCUUGUAGUCUGAAACUCUACUCUUCGUAGGGAUAGAGUUCAAGUGGAAUUACACUUUCUUCAAGAGUUUCUGUUGACAGCGAGGGUCGAGCUGACAUAAUGGCAGUAAAUUUGAGUAAAAACGGCGCGGCACUUAUGGCCGCGUAUAAAGAAGUAGUGGACUCGAAGUUGGACACAAACUGGGCUUUGUUCACCUACGAGGGCAACAGCAAUGACAUUCGUCUGGCAGACAAGGGAGCUGGUGGGCUGGAGGAGAUGGUGGAGGAGCUGAGCAGUGGGAAAGUGAUGUAUGCCUUCUGUAAGGUCCAGGUCCCCAACUCCAGCCUGCCCAAAUUUGUCUUCAUUAACUGGACUGGUGAAGGGGUUAGGGACUCCAGGAAGGCCCUGUGUGCCAAUCAUGUGAGCUCUAUGGCCACCUUCCUAAAGGGAGCGCAUGUGACCAUAAAUGCUCGUGCCGAGGAGGAUGUGGAUCUGGAGACAAUCUUGAGUAAAGUAGCCAAGGCUUCAGGGGCCAAUUAUAACUUUAACAAAGAGUCCUCAAAACACAGUGAUGUACCCAGAGGAUCUGUGGGUUCUGUGUAUCAAAAAACCAAUGCUUUGGAGGAGAUCCAAAAAACCAACAAAGACGACUUCUGGGCCCAGUCUCAGAGGGACGAGGAGGCCCGUCGUCAGGACGACAGCAGGAGGGCAGAGGAAGACCGACAGAGGACGGAAAGGGAGACAAAGGAGAGAGAAGAACUGGAAGCUGCGCAGAGAGACUGCAGGGCGAAGGAGAGAGCCUCUGUGAUAGACCAGCAGAAGAGCUAUCAGAAGCAACAGGAAACAGAGGUUGCAGAGCAGCAGCGACAACAAACGGAGCAGCAGGAGAGUGUACAGAAGCCUGCCAGGGGGAUUCACUCCGCUGCCUCUGUGCAGAAUGCGAACGAGGCUGCAAGUUUGAUCUCUCAGAGGUCGUUUAACCCUAAAGAGGUAUUCAUACAGAGAGACCAGAGUGCAGGACUGAACAAUGGAUCGGCAACAUUUAAACCUGGGAAGCUACAGAGCCCGUUCCUGUCCCAGAAGUCCACUGAGAGAGAAGCACCAUCCCAACCACUAACCCCUGCCCCCCUGCUCCCCAAGAACACUGCCUCACCUGUGCCGACUCCAUCACCUGCCUCACCUGUGCCAACUCCAUCACCUGCCAUUUCUGCCUCACCGGUGCAAGCCCUUUCACCUGUUGUUCCUGCCUCACCUGUGCCAGCCCUAUCACCUGCCCUCCCUGCCUCACCUGUGCCAGCGCUAUCACAUGCCCUCCCUGCCUCACCUGUGCCAGCCCUAUCACCUGCCUCACCUGUGCCAUCUCCAUCACCUGUUCCACUAGCUUCUUCUGUUGCACCAGCUUCACCUGUCCAACCUGAAGAGGCUUACGCAGAGGAGGAGUACUGGUCAGAUGACUUUGACGUCGAUGCAGAUGACGCAGCUCAGGAGAGGCCCAUUGGUCAAGACGACCUGUACAGUGGCACUCAGGAAGUGGCUGGGACAGGGGAUGAAGGAGGACUGUAUGAGGACGUCUGCCAGAUCACAUCCACCGUGGAGGAGCUAGAAGGGGCGGGUUUUGAAAAGGGCACCUGUGCCAGAGCCCUCUAUGAUUACCAGGCUGCUGAUGACUCUGAGAUCACCUUUGACCCUUAUGACAUCAUCAGUGGGAUAGAGAUGGUGGAUGAGGGUUGGUGGAGAGGAUUUGGACCAGAUGGACACUACGGAAUGUUCCCAGCCAAUUAUGUUCAGCUUCUGUAGACCUUUCGAUCAAUCUUAACAGCAACAAUUAUACUGUCUCCAAAAUGUUACUUCAUGGAAAUAUUGUGUGUUUCAACUCUGAGAUAUCAAUUUUCAUCAGAUCAAUAAAAACAUACAAAAUAAUAA